AUGGCUUCAUCUGAGUUGGCAGAGUUAAGGAGACAGCUUGAUGAUUUACUUGAUGCGGGUUUAAUUCAGCCUUUGAAAGCUCCUUACGGUGUCCCAGUUCUAUUUCAGAAAAAGCAUUAUGGUUCUAUGAGGAUGUGUGUGAAUUAUCGUACCCUGAAUAAGCUUACGAAUGCACCUGCUACAUUUUGCAAUCUGAUGAAUGAUGUGCUACACGAGUUUUUGGAUAAUUUUGUGGUGGUAUACUUGGAUGAUAUUGUGUUGCCUGAUUUUGAGAAGCCAUUUGAGGUACAUACCGAUGCCUCUGACCAUGCUAUUAGGGGUAUAUUGCUACGGGAGGGCCAUCCGAUCACCUAUGAAAGUCGGAAACUGAAAGACACAGAACAACGUUACUCAACUCAUGAGAAAGAGAUGACAGCGGUUGUCCAUUGUCUUGAAACUUGA